UCAUGAACCGUGAGAUCAUGCCCUCAGCCAGAAUCAAGAGUCAGAUGCUGAACCGACUGAGCCACGCAGGUGCCCCUCGACCUAGUCCUUUCCUUCCGAGUGGCCAGCCGGGGCCUGAGAGCUGUGGUCAAGGCCCCGGGGGCUGUGCCGCUGCCGCUCAGGGCCCCCUCCGCGCCGGCUGAGAGCUCUGGCCAGGGCACCGACAGUGGCCACAGGUGCAGCGGCGGAGGGGGUCAGGGGCUGUGUGGGCAGAGACUUAGAGAGAGAGGGACUGGGGCACGCUCACGAACAGCAUCACCUCACGUCUUAGGAAGCCUUCCUGACCACUUCCUACUCUUUAUUCCUACAUAGUCCAGGUCUGUUUGGUUUUCCCAUUCUCGAAGGUUGGCUCUAUGAGGGUGGGACUGUCGUAUUCAUUCCUCCCUCCCAGUGCCCGUGGCAGGCUCCUGAGGGAGCUCACAUGGGCUCACCCUGCAAGUAUACCGUCAGAAGGUUUUCUGGCCACGUUCAUGGCCCCAGGUUUCCUACUAAUGAUGCCAUAACCGGCCCUGACAGAAGCCUCCAGAAAUUGGAUGUGGUUUAACAGAGUGAGAUUACGGGAUUUUCCAAGCUGUCUGCUAAAAUACCUCGUGGGAUUUUUCAGAGUUCAGAAGUCUACAGGGCCCACAUCAGCUUUGCAAGUUCCUUCCUGUCUCCCUCCUUUGCCUCCUAGGUUCCCGUUCAGCCGCCCGGAGCUGCUGAAGGAAUGGGUGCUGAACAUUGGCCGGGGCAACUUCAAGCCCAAGCAGCACACGGUCAUCUGCUCCGAGCACUUCCGACCUGAGUGCUUCAGCGCCUUUGGAAACCGCAAAAACCUGAAGCAGAAUGCCGUGCCCACGGUGUUUGCCUUUCAGGACGCCGCGCAGCUGGUGAGGGAGAACACGGACCCGGCCGGUGGGGGUGCAGAUGCGGACCCGGAGAAGGAGGAGGUGGUCUCCGAGGCGGGGCCCGCGGAGUGUGGCCUGGGGAGGAAGACGGACGCCGCCCUCGAAGCACUGCCCCCGCACGCCGGCGGCCCCGUAGAACAGGUAAGAUGCGGGGCCCGGGUACGAAGGCAGCGUGUGGUCGCUCAGGCUCCGCACGGGGGUGGGGGCUCCCUUCAAACAGAAGGAAGCAAUCUGGUGCCCAAGUGGGAGCCCCACAGCCCGUGGCCCCGCUCUCGGACCCUCCGAGUAGAACGGGCAGGUGGGGACGUCAGGGGUGCUGUGGCAUCGAGGGCGGGGCCGGGCCGUGUCCCCGCCCGCCACGGCCACGGCCCCGGCUCUCAGCCCUGGGCCCCGCCUCGCCUUCACGCACUGUGUCCUCAGGUCUCGCCGCAGAGACCGCAGGGAAGCCGGGCGCCUGGUCAGCCGGCCAGCCCCGCACAGCCGUCCGAUCACAGCUACGCCCUUUUGGACUUAGAUGCCCUAAAAAAAAAACUCUUCCUGACUCUGAAGGAAAACGAGAAGCUCCGAAAACGCUUGAAGGCUCAGAGGCUGGUGAUACAGAGGAUGUCCAGCCGCCUCCGCGCCCACAGAGCGGGCCAGCCGGGACUCCAGGCCAGGCCGCCGCCAGAGCAGCAGAGCUGAGCCGCACGGCCAGGCUUUCCUGUCGGAGCCUCUCUGGGGGGGUGGGACGGUGGCUCUGGGGCGCUGGCCGCGGACCUUUCAGUCCUGCCGCUGACAGGCAAAGGGACAGUGAGGCGUGCCGGGUCAAGCCCUGGUGAGGAGCCCGGGCCACCUCAGGGGAAGUUUAGUGGCAUCAGCCCCAGGACAGGGCGGGACCGUGAUCAAGAGGAGCUCGGUGCUCCCUUUCGACAAAAGCUUGGGCGGGGGUCUUCAGAGCCACUGCACGGGGCGCCCCCGCUGGGGAGGAAGUGCACUUCCUGGCGGGGCAGCUGGGCCCAGGCCCUGGGUCACCUGGAGGACGGCGGCUCCGAGUGGCUGGGACCCACCUCCGAGAUCAGGCGUGCCUCCUUCCCCCCUUCCCCGGCCCAGUCUGAGCGAAAGACAUAAUAAAGCGUCUUCCUACG